GAUAGACGUUGGAUUGAGUUUCUGUGGAUACUCUGUAUGACUCGGAUCCGCCGGUUCGAGUUGCCCCGCGCACGACAGUCAAACUACCUCGAGCUUGACUGGCUUCUUGGACACAUUCACCCAACAAGCCAGGAUUGUCCUCGAUUCAGAAGAACAUUCGUGGGAACGUCAAAAUCACAUCCCUGAAUCACCUACGCUCUACAUCGUUCGAAGACACGAGCACAAUGUCGGGCCCAGAUAAGGCUGCCAUACAGCGAAAAGUCAUGGAUACACUGGCAAAAUACCAAGGCGAUAACUAUGUCGACGGCUGGGCCGAACUGUGGAAUUCAACUGAACAUCUGCCCUGGGACAAAGGCGCCCCUCAUCCUGCAUUGGAGGAUACGCUCACGCAGCAACGCGCGACCAUCGGAGGCCCACUUGCCACAGAUGCACAGGGGAAGACCUACAGAAAAAAAGCAUUGGUUCCCGGCUGUGGCAGAGGAGUGGAUGUGCUUCUCCUUGCCAGCUUUGGCUAUGAUGCCUACGGAUUGGAAUACAGUGAUGCUGCAGUCAAGAAAUGCGAAAGCGAGGCAGCUCAGAAUGGAGACAGGUAUCCCGUCAGAGAUGCUGAGGUUGGCCGAGGUAAAAUUACCUUCGUCCAAGGGGACUUCUUCAAAAAUGACUGGCUUGAGAGAUUGCAACUGCCGCUUAACUGUUUUGAUUUGAUCUACGAUUAUACAUUCUUAUGCGCACUGAAUCCGACGAUGCGACCAAACUGGGCUCUGCGACACACGCAGCUCCUGGCGCCUUCACCGCGCGGCAAUCUGAUCUGCCUCGAAUUCCCAAGGCACAAGGAUCCAGCGCAGCAAGGUCCCCCUUGGGGUCUCUCAUCGGAAGCCUACAUGGAGCAUUUGAGUCACCCGGGUGAAAAGAUCCCGUACGACGCCCAGGGUCGAUGCAAGAUGGAUCCCCUUCGCGAACCAAGCGAGCACGGUCUCGAACGCGUUGCGUACUGGCAGCCUGCUAGAACACAUGAGGGUGGUAAAGACGAGAACGGGGUGGUUCAGGAUCGAGUCUCCAUCUGGCGCCAUCGAUAGGUUGCUCGUGACCCGAAACUGGUCCUUUGAGAUGGAUACACAUCAUCAUGAAUCAGUCAAUC